AUUGUACAUUACGCUCGUAUCGGCUAUUUCAUCGGCUCUCGUAUCGGAUUAUCAUCCUCCAUCCCCAUCUCCACCGAUUGGCCCUAAACAUGGUCCUGCUGCAGCGCAUCCGUCCGUGCCAGUCGAUCCAGCCCGGCCGACUCAUCUUCUGGGCUGCCUCUCGCAAGCUCAACCCACGCAUGAUCGCAGAGCCCGGCCUGCGUAUCGCCGCGCUGCAUUCUUCGCCGCUGCAGCUGCUCGCCCGUCCCAGAAGCAGAAGCAGCCUCUGGGCCUAUGGAACUGGCCUCCUGCUGGUUCUUUCGGCUGCCCUGGCUGGCGGUUCGGUUCUCAACAGCGAGCAGGCCCACCCCAUUCCGCUCCGCGAGGACCCCGUCACCCACGCAAGGAUCCCCGAGAGCUUGCGGCUCCCGAGCCGCGAUCCGCAGCAAUCGUUCCGGCUGCUGGGCCUGGGAAGCCGGCACGUCACCUUCCUGCAGAUCCCGGUAUAUGUCAUUGGAGUCUAUAUCGACAGCGUGACCGAGCAUGCCAUCUCGACAUGGAAGGCAUUCGACGCUGAGGCCUUCCUGAAGCACAACGUGGCCCUGGACCACCUCGUCAAGGGCAAGGGCCAGAUAGCAAUCCGCAUAGAACCCACUCGUGCAACAAACGGCCCGCAUCUCCGCAACGGUGUUGAGCGAUUCCUGAAGCUCCAGCUUGCACAAGACCAAGCCUCGCUCACAGAGACUGAACUCCAGGAAAUCAAGGCUGCCAUGACCGAGCUGCGCGCCAACUUCCCGCCCGGCGUCGUCAAGGCGGGCCAGUCGUUCGUUUUCCGCAAGACGACCGAGAACACCCUGGAGAUGGAGUUUGAGGGCGAGCUGAUGGUGGUGAUGAAGAGCAAGUGGGUCGCCGAGACCUUCAUUGCAGCGUACUUGCGCGCCGACCCGCCGAUCAGCGAAAAGACACGAGUCAGCGUCGCCGAUGGCCUGCAAAAGGCGCAAAGUGGUGCGUUGUAAACCACCAAGGAUGGAAGCCCAGGUGACAGCCCAGAUGGAAGCCCAGAUGAAAGCCCAGGACAUCAAUGAAGCUCCAUUCUCUGACCGAUGAACAUCGCUGCAAAUAACAGCCACGGUUCCGUGUUAUGGGGGGAGGAGAGCGUUUGUAUUUUCUUACUCUUUUCGUUGGGGGUACCCUGUAUCAACAGCAUGGGACAAAAACAAAGCAGGUUCGAGAAAGCCAGCAAUGCA